AUGACACAGGUUGUUUUCGUCCCCACGCUUGUGCCUCACCACUCCAUGCAUCGACAACCUUCUCGGCAUUCAAGACCCCCUGUUGACAACGAUGUAGACGAUAACGACAAAUUAUCUGACAGUGAUGUCGACAAUAGGAACGCCCAAGGUUCCCGCAAGUCUAGGCGACCAGGUAUCAAGUGGACUGCUGACCAUACUGAUCGUCUCCUAGACUGGCUGGAACAGAAUGUCAAAAAGCGACAUUUACUUUUCUCGGAUUCUCAGGAAGAUGCCACCAAGGAGAGUAGAAAGAAGGGACAGGCUAAGUCUAGCAAGGUGGUGUUACACGGGGAGCUUGCACAGUAUGUAUUUGGUGUGGAGAGUGAUCCGGCUAUUUGUGCGACUCUCAAGUCUGAUCCGGAGCUGGGCCGUACUGGAGCUGGUCUUACGUUUGAGCAACUAGAGAGGAACCCCGAGUAUACAGGACCAAUUGGUGCAAUCACGGCCAAGUUCAAAAUGUUCCAUCGUUUGCAUGGCUUCUGGAGGAAGAUCCCCAGCUACAACCCUUUCACAAUGUCAUCAGAUGCAGGUCAGGAUCAUGAGGCACAGGCCUACAAUCUUCUGUUCUCAAACACGUGCGGUCGGGGUCAUACUAGCCACCAUGAUGCAAGCAAUGUGGCCUCAGCCAUGGCGUUGGAUAUCCCUGCACAGCAGCAGCAGCACUACCCGGUUGACACACAGACAACGAGCCAAUAUAAUCUGAACUACCACCCGCCGAAUCAGCAACUCCAUCAGCUUCACUCCAUGCCUCAGUACGUUAACCAUCGCAACAGCUCCCAUGUGGACCCGAGCAUGACAUCGUCCUCUGUAUCGUCCAUGCCUUAUGGUGUUUUGUUAAUAUCAUUACCGUCUAUGACAACUGACCCAAAUUUCUUCGACUCAAAUGCUUCCAGCCUUUUUCCUGGGGCUUAUCAUCAAUCGUUAUCUUCUCUGUUUCAGGAUAACCACUCCAUCUCUUCAUUUGAGUCUUUUUUUUCUAAACUGCAGCAUGAUACGCUGGGUCAGGGUCAAGGUGAGUCCGUACUCCCAAUGUCUCCUUUACCCCAACCCCAAUACCAGACGUCUUCGAUCUCUGGUGCUUUGGGGAUGCCACUUCCCAUGUCUCCCACCUCGGACAAUGACAACUCUGGUUUCUCCGCAAACCAGUAUCCGCCCUCUCUUACAUCUAGUUUCUUUUCCGAUCAACCACCUGCCUCCCCCGCAUCUGGACGAUCCAACUUUUUCUCAAACUUACCGCAGACUUCUACUCCGCCUCCUGCAACUUUGCCUCCUGUUUCUCCACCUAUCCCUGCUUCGAAAAAAGGCAAACAUCCUGCUACGUUUGUAAACAUCAGAGAUGCCCUUUGCAAUCAGCUGGCUGCAUCAGGCAAAGAAGCCGCCCAGGAGCAGCGUGUCACUACAAAUAGGCGAUCCACUGAUUAG